UCAAAUUUAUUAUGACGUUUCCGUUUUUUUGCUGAUCAGAAGUUUGUCUUGAAUUUUUCGGGAUUGUUUGUACAAUUUCACUAAAAGUUCUUAAAAAAUGGCUGCAGAAAUUAAACCUGCCCCGAGGACACCCAAUGAUAGAUUUUCAACCACGAAAAAACCGGCACUUUUAAGCAAGCUAGAGGGUUGUACUGACGAUGUGAACGCCGCUGUGGUGAUACCUGGCGAGGAUGGAGUAAUUAGCGUUUGCGAUGAUAAGACAGUAAGAGUUUGGCUGAAACGUGAUUCGGGUCAAUACUGGCCGAGCAUUUGCCAGUACAUGCCAUCAGGCUGCACAUCAAUGUUCUACACGCCAGAAACUAGGCAGCUAUUUAUUGGACAAGAGAAUGGGACCGUUUCAGAAUUCACACUAGCUACAGAUUGUAAUAGAAUAAAUCCAACAAGAGAAUAUCUGGCACACACAGCACGAGUCACAGCCGUAACGUUCUCCCUCAGCUGUGAAUGGGUAUUGUCGGUGAGCAGGGAUAAAUUUUUUGUAUAUCACUGCAGUGAAACAGGCAGAAGAAUCGGGGGUUAUUCAUUUGAAGCGUGGUGCACAGCUUUGCAAUUUGAUUCCCAGUCGAAAUACGCAUUUGUAGGCGACUACAGCGGACAGAUAACCAUGCUCAAACUCGAUAACAACGGAGCGGCAUUAGUUACGACACUCAAAGGACAUACCGGUUCUGUCCGAGUGUUGAAUUGGGCGCCGUUACCUCAGCUCUUGUUUAGUGGCUCCUUCGACCAGACUAUCAUUGUUUGGGAUAUCGGUGGUCAGAAAGGAACUGCCUAUGAACUCCAAGGUCACAGUAACAAGGUAACGGGCCUCUGGUACGUCGGCAGCUGUGAGCGAUUGAUGUCGGCCGCCGAAGACGGCGCUCUGGGCGUGUGGGAGAUGGGCGUCAAGAGGAGAGAGACCCCCGCGUGGAAGGAGUCCGACCUCUGCCAGAUCUGCAGGGCGCCGUUUAUAUGGAACGUCAGGGCAAUGAUGGAGAAAAAACAAUUAGGUCUCCGACAGCACCACUGCCGCUGGUGUGGCGCGGCGGUGUGCGCUACUUGCUCACCGCACAGGCUGCCACUCCCCGUCAUGGGUUUCGAAUUUCCCCAACGAGUCUGUACGGUGUGCUACGAAACUCUACGUCACGAACCGAGGGAGUCUCUAGCGACAUUCCACGACAUGAAGCACGCGGUGGCAUCCCUGUACGUCGACGAAGCCACCGGCCGCAUGUGCACCGCGGGCAAGGACCGCGUCAUCAAGGUGUGGGACGUCGGCGUGCUGCUGGCCCCGGCGCCCAAACCUGGGACCAGCGAGCAGUAACCCCACACUGGUACAUUCUUAAUGUGUAGGAUCAAGUUUUACUGAAGAUUUACUUAGCAUCCCUGGCCAAUAGAUGGCGCUGUAUACAAAAAUUUAUUUUGUUCUCGUUUUUGUCAAUAAAUGGCGUUAUAGAGUUUGUCGCUUGUAAGCUGUUUCGGCCUACAGAGUAUUUACGCUUGUCAUUAAAUUUACCAUCAAUAAAGGCAAACCCGAGUCGGAGCCAGUCCGCGUGGCUUGUCAACUCUGUACCACGCGACGUGCUCUCAGUGCGAGAGGCACACAAUGCUCAUUGCGCUGUUAAUUUUAAGCGUUGAAAAGCGAACACGCGUCUAUCGGUGUCGGAUAUAAAGACACAUUUACCAAAAACGAAAAAAAAAGGCAAGGUUUUCGCGACAGAAUACAUGUUAAAAAUUUUUGGUUACACAAUUAAGACAUGCUUUGUUUGACGAAAUCAAAAAUCCUCUUCGUUUCGAUCACAUGAAAAAAUGUGUGUACAGUAAAACCUGAACCUUGCGUCAAGGCAUUAAGAUUAAAAAUUGCAACUUACUGAUUCCGUUUAAAAACGCUGUAUUAGGUGAAAGAAAUUAUUAUUUAAUUGUUAAAAUAUUAUAUUUUCUUGUUAUUGGUUCAAACGAAUGUUCUUCUGGUUUGAUACAAGACUGACUUUAAUUUUCAGAGAAAGAAAAAAAACGCCCUAUAUCUGGAUCUUGUGUUAUUCCAAUUGAUGAUUUUAUAUUUAGAAAAUUUUAAUCGAAGUUUCUAGAAGAUUCAAAAAAGCGUCUGCUUUAAAGUAUUUUCCGUGUGUUUAGCGUGCGGUUGGCAGCACGUCCGCAGCAGACUGAGUCUUGAAGCACAUAGAUAAUACGCAAAAAGCAACUCAAGCAACUCAACUCAACUCAACAAAAAUGUUUACGGGCGUCGACCACUAGAUGGCUUCGCUUCGAUUAACUUCUCAUUGCUCCUGUAGAUGGCAGUAACAAAUUGCUUAUCCUAUAUUUCAUUUUUAAUGAAGGAUUUAGUAAAUUUUCAGAAACCACUAAUUGAUAAAAUUUAAUCAAUUUGUCUAUAACAAAUAGACUUGUAUGUCGAUAGUUUCCAUACAAAAAUAAUAAUUGUCUUAUUGUGGCCCUGUUGAAGCACACUAACGCUGUGUCUGUGUAUACAUACAUAUAUUGUAGGUACGGUGUCAUCUCGCGUUUACUAUUACCUCGGAGGUAAAAUAUUUGUUAGUGUUGCUGACUAAGAAAAUACUAUUUUUUAUUUAAUUUAAAAGUAAUACGGGCACUAUUGGCAUUUUUCUUUAUCAUCAGUAUUAAUAUAUCCCUAUUUUGAUUUUGUAAGCGAUAGUGGGAAUUGUAAUAAGGAAUUGUUUUUAUUUAUGAUAAAAAUGUGCCCUGUUAAGUACUGGAGUGACUAUUCAUUUCGUACUGUAAUCAAAAGGUAUACGAUUUCGUUGAUUUUAAAAGCAAUUUAAGAUAAAUUAAAUUAAAAAGUCAAUAAAAAUAUCUCUCACUAGCUAUUCAUUUGGACUGUUUUUUUUUCUUUGCUUAGAUGGUUGGACGAGCUCACAGCUCACCUGGUGUUAAGUGGUUACUCGAGCCCAUAGACAUCUACAACGUAAAUGCGCCACCCACCUUGAGAUAUAAGUUCUAAGAUCUCACUAUAGUUACAGCGGCUGCCCUACCCUUCAGACGAAACGCAUUACUGCUUCACGGCAGAAAUAGGCAGAGUGGUGGUACCUACCCGUGUGGACUGACCAGAGGUCCUACCACCAGUAAAAACUGGUUUUAUAUGUAUUUUUUAUUAUUAUGUCUCAGUUAAAAAUUUCACAUUCGAUUUUAGUGUCAUCGUACAAUAAAUUAUUUAUCAAUGUAAAUUUAUUUAUCGUUUGAACAGGUGGCUUCAAAAGUUGUAUUGUAUUAGAGAUAAAAUAGUCGAUCUUGAUUUUUAAAUAUAAUCCGUUUAGAGAUCAGAAGAAUAAGGCGCCAUUAUUUUGAAGGAUAUAAUUUUUGACAGAUAACCUUUUACACAUCAAACAAUAAUACUUCUAUCAGUUGGAAGUUCAUCUUUUUUUUUGAAGCUUCAAUCAUAUUUGGAGACUAUCCUUCGAAUUGUGUCAUUUAUUACACACAGAAGCAGUAUUUAAAACGAGAACUUGAUUCAUACGGAAUAUAUUAAAUCGAGAAAUUACUAGACUACAAGAUCUAUGGAUUGCCAACCGCACAGAUAAUAUAUUUUAUGUAAAUAAAAAUAAAAUAAAAAUCUCACUGGAACAUUCGAGCCAUUAAUACGAGUCAUUAUUUUAUUCGUAUAGUCUAAAGAUUUGUUUUAAAUGUUCACUUAAAUAUAAUACUUAGUUAAGUUUGAAAGUUUUUUUUUCCUUUUCCUUUGUAAUAUGUAAUACUUUUAAUGUUUAGAUAUAUCAAUUAUGCAACUUACUCUUACUUAAAACUUAUCGGACAAUAAGCUUAGGAUCAAAAAUAUACCUCAUCAGUCAUUCAGAAUUUUUAUUGAUUUUAAUUAACCAGUCGUACAAGUGAGUAUAAAAGCGUUUUGUCUCAUUCUCAUUUGUCUAUUUUCACCUUUUAAUGCCUCAAAUUUGUAUAUAUAUAUCUACUUUAACUAUAUCUAUUUUAAUUAUAUCUACUUUAAAUAUUAAUUUGCUUAAGAUAAACAAAUAGAUAUGGUUUUAGGAAGUUCAAGUAUACUGAACCCCAGGCUGGGUUAUUAUAUUUUAUUUAGUUUAGGUUUAUGCUCCCCGAUUGCCGGGCUUCAAGUAAAAAUUUAAUUGAAGGCUAACAAUACAAGUUUGUGGUCCUACAAUUUCAUAACGAGCAUACUGCUUAUUGAUUAUGAUGAAGAUAGAGAGAGGUGCUUAAUGUAUGCGACUAUUCCUUGUCUUGUUAAUUAAAUAAGAAAGUAUUUUUGUAUUAUAUUUUAUUAUAUUAUUAUUGAAAAUAAUAUCAAUUGAAAAUUUCAUUCAUCAAUAUCAUCAAUAUGUCAAUAUGUAUUGAAAUUAAUGUAAUAAUUUUGAAAUUUAGUUUUGUUAAUGUUUCCUUGUUACGAUUUCGGUCGCGCCUGUCUCACCAUCCAUAUAAAAUAAAUAAAUGCAUUCGAUUCAUUAUAUUUUAUUAAACGUGAUAAAAAAAAAACCUUUAAACGACAUUAAAAUGGCGUGGACCAAAUGUUUAUUGUAAAUAGAAUUGUUAUAGUAUUGUUAAUAACUAGAAAAAAAUAUAUGUAUUAUGUGUAUUCAAUAUUAUUCUUGAUUUAAAAAUGAGAAAUCGAGAAUAUAUUAAUUUGUCGGCUUUCCAAUUUUAUGUCAACAUUGUACACAUUUAUGUAUCAUAUAAUGUGAAGUUAUUUUUGUUAUUCUACAAAAAUUAUAUAAUCUGUUUAGCCUAUAAAAUGUAUUUGUAGAUUGGAUAUAAUUGAAGAAAACGCUUGAAACUUGAAUUUUUCCAUUUUCCAUAUUUCAAACGGGUAUGAAGAAGAGUGAAUCGAAAUGUAACUAUUGUUUUAACAUCAUAUUGUAUAAAAUUAUGUAUAAAAUAUUGUAUAAAAUGUAGGCCUCUUAAAUAAAUAACUGUAAUGUAUGGAAUUCAUAUUUAUUCAAACUAUAUAAUAAUAUUUAGUGUUUACGUAUAUAAUUAAUUUUCGCUUAAAAACAUUUUCCAAAAUAUUAGUACGUGUUUAAGCACUUACAAAAUGAUUUUGCAAGAUUUUUCUUAAUAAAGGAACAGGGUUGUUUAAAUUUUUAAAUUGCGUCUUUGUUAUUAGUAAUUUUAUUUUGAUUCGAAUCCCGAAUGUUCUCAUGUAAAAGACGAAUCAAUAACCUUGUUUCUAAAGUUAAUUUCUUAGUCGUUUUGCUUAAUUAUAAUACGAUAAUGUCAUAUAUUUUAAUUUUAAUCUAAAAAAGUUUAUUGUAUAACCGAAUGCGUUUAAAGCUGGUAUAAAUAGCAACUAAUGUUAUAAUUUAUAUUAAAAUUAAAAUAAAUUAUUUUUCCUUAAAAUAAAUCUUAUUUGUAUAAUCUCGGAGCUUAACUUGGCGUUUAAUAUAUUAUAAUACUGUACGAUAUGGUCCCUGCCGGGUGAUUACUUAAACAUUAUAAAUGUAUUAUUCAUGUUUACGUUUUAGGUCUGCUUAAAGUAUUAUGCAAAUAAAAAGAGAGUAAGAAC